GAUUGAAGCAGCUCGGUGCCCAGAUGUGGUCGUGGCACAAAUAGACCCCAAAAAAUUGAGAAAGAAGCAGACAGUAAACAUUUCGAUUUCCGGAUGUCAGCCUGCUCCUGAAGGAUACUCUCCGACGCUCAAGUGGCAGCAGCAGCAAGUGGCCAAUUUCUCAGCCGUCCGUCAGAGCCUGAACAAGCACAGGAAUCACUGGCGGUCCCUACAUUUGGACAGCAAUGUUGCUAUGCCAAAAUCAGAGGAUGAAGAAGGCUGGAAGAAGUUCUGUCUGGGUGAAAGAGUAUACUCAGAAAUAGAUGCACCGUCUGACAGUGAAAACCUAGGAAUUGAUUACAUAAAGGUGGGCUUUCCUCCUUUGCUGAGUAUUGUAAGCAGAAUGAAUCAGGCAACAGUAACCAGCGUCUUAGAAUACCUGAUAAGCUGGUUUGGAGAGAAAAAAUUUACUCCAGAACUGGGUAGAUGGCUUUAUGCACUGUUGGCAUGCCUUGAAAAACCUUUACUACCUGAAGCUCACUCCCUUAUUCGACAGCUUGCAAGACGAUGCUCGGAAGUCAGAGUACUAGAGGAGAACAAGAAUGAAGAACAAAUAUCAGCUCUGAACUUGAUAAUCUGCUUAGUUAGCAGGUACUUCGAUCAGCGUGACUUGGCUGAUGAGCCUUCCUAGGCUGUUCUGAGAAUAUCAGGUAGUUUGCGUUGCCGUGGUACAAACAACAUUAUCGGUUAACAGCAAGACACCGCACUGUUCUGACCAAGUACUAUAAUCCCUUCAGAACUCCCUUGUGAUAAUGCACUGGGGACAGCUGUGAAUAACUUAGCUGAGCUGUAGCACGGGAUGGUCAAUGUCUCCGAUAUCAUCGUAAAAUGGUCAGUGAACCGUCUGGCAUCACCUCUCAAGCUACUGUCUCUGCAAACUAUGUUUUCAGUUACAAGUUUCUACCCUCUG